AUGGCCGCUGCCCCUCCACAAGCUCACCCCGCGUCGGAAACGUCGCCAACAAAGACCACUUUUACAAUCGGCACACGCAAAUCAAAACUUGCCCUGGUGCAGACCGAUCUCGUGCGGGAUGCCCUAAAAGCCGCCUGGCCACAGUACGAAUUCGACAUCCUUACCAAAGAUGCAGCAGCAGACCUGGAUAAAGUAACACCACUCCGCGAAUUCACUUCGAAGAAUCUCUGGACAGAGGAACUUGAAGAACUAUUGCUUGCGAAACAGAUUGAUCUUGUUGUUCAUUCAUUGAAAGAUGUGCCAACUCAAAUUCCCAAAACAUGCAUUCUCGGCGCUAUGAUGCCGCGAGAAGAUCCUCGAGAUGUCCUAGUUAUCAAAAAGGGGCUGCCAAACAUGACAUUAGCGGAACUUCCCGCAGGAUCCAUAGUGGGGACCUCCUCGGUACGGCGCAUCGCGCAGCUAUCACGACAUUACCCGCAUCUCAUAGCCAAGGAUGUAAGAGGAAACAUCGACACACGGUUAGCAAAGCUCGACGCCCAGGAUGGGCCUUUUAGCGCUCUCAUCCUGGCUGCUGCGGGCCUUUUGCGGACUGGCCAAGGCGCACGUAUCUCUCACUACCUAGACUCGAAGGAUGGCAAGAUGCUACAUGCUGUGGGCCAGGGCGGGUUGGGAAUUGAGAUACGAGCAAAUGAUGAGCGGAUGAAAGAGAUGGUUGAGAAGAUUGGGGAUAGGAAGACUACUUUUGCGUGCCUGGCUGAGAGGAAUCUGCUAAGGACGUUGGAAGGGGGUUGUAGCGCGCCGCUUGGGGUUGAGACGGAGUGGGUGCAGGAUGCAGAUGGGAAGGAGACAUUGAUGCUACGCGCUAUUGUGUCGAGUGUGGAUGGGAAAGAGGCUGUGGAGAUUGAGAAGUAUGAAAAAGUUACGUCUGGAGAGGAGGCGGAGGUGUUCGGGAAGAAGGUUGCGGAUGAGUUGGUUGUGCUGGGUGCUGGGAGGAUUCUGGCGGAAAUUCAGCAGAAGAAAAAAGCGUGGGGUAGUUAA